AUGGCGAAGGAUUUGUGCUUGGGCGCAGGAUGGAAGGCAUCAUCUCAUCUGGGCGUCACAGCCUCCACGAACCUCGUACACUACUUUGGACGGAGAGCUCGCAGUCCGCCCACAAUAUCCUCGACUAUCGAUGCAGCUAGCCCCCCCCGGGUCGAGGAAAAGGAGUACCCAGAUGGAUGGAAGCUAUUGCUACCCACCAUCGGCAUCUGUCUGACAAUCUUCCUCGUAUCCCUCGACUUCUCCAUUAUGGCCACAGCGGUUCCUGCAGUCACUUCUGAGUUCCACACGGUGGAGGAUGUAGGCUGGUAUGGCAGUGGUACGUUUGUCCCAGCUGCUUCAUACUCAUGCCGAAAAACCGACACCAAUCUCAGCCUACCUUCUGACUACCGCGUCCGCGCAACUCCUCGUGGGAAGUCCCUACACAAUAUCCAGUAUCAAAUGGGUCUUCCUGACAUGGCUGUUGACCUUUGAGCUGGGAAGUGUCAUCUGGCGUAGCGCCGAGCUCCGUCGUUCUUAUUAUGGGACGCGCCAUUGCUGGCUGUGGGAAUGCUGGGCCUCUGUCCGGUGCACUGCUCAUUUUGGGUCAUAGUGUACUACUCGAACGAUGUCCGUUGUUUACGGGGGGGAGGCGGGGGCACGUAUGGUGUGGCCGUAUUUGCCGGACCCACUGGGUGGAGUGUUCCCCGACAAACUGGUAUGUGAGCUCUCUUUCAACUCUAGUCAAAGACUAUGACUGAGCUGCAAUUCCACCCCGUUUAUGGCGAUGGUGCUUCUAUGUCAACCUUCCGAAAAG